CUGAGGGAGGGCAGGACCCAACCCAGCAGCCUCAGCCUCAGAUCUGCCAUUCGGGGCUGAAUUGACGGCUCUAAGGUACAGGAGUCCAGCUUGUUGAUUUGUAGCAAGAUAUGACAAAGGAAAACCACUAAUGCUGUAUCUCCAGCUGCCAGGGAACACAUUUGCCAGUGUCCUUGUCGUUGGCCAGCCACAGCAGAAUUACAGAGGCAGAGAGAGAGAGAGAGAGAGAGAGACCUUCCAUCUCUUCCAUCUACUGGUUCACUUCUCAAAUGGCCACCAUGACCAGAGUUGGACCAGUCAAGCCAGAAGCCUAGAUUUCUUCCAGAUCUCCCACAAGCAGGAAAGUCAGCUGCGUGGAAGGCCAUGACUGGUAUGCUUUUGCUGAGCUGCUUGAUGUUUCUUUUGCCCAUAGAGCCCUGUAGGACAUUAUGCCAGGCUGCCAGCAAAAGCAAGCAGAAGGUGUCUGCCAAGCCACAUGGUAUAUGUGAUGGUGUCUGUAUGGACAAUUCCCACUGCAGUCAACCUUGCCCUCCAGACACAGAGGGAACUAUGGGGUUUGCAUGCCGGAAAAAGAAAUGGCACAAGAUCACUGAUACCUGCCGAACUCUAAAUGCCUUCAACAUCUUUGAGGGGGAUUCAUAUUCAGUUCAACCAUUCGGAGAAAAUAUAAAAGUAAAUACAUAUGCUGGAAAGUCUGAGACCAUAGCAGACAUGUUGAUGCAAAGGUGCCCAGCAGAUUUGUCUUGUGUACUUAGAAAUAUUCAGAAGUCUCCACGGUUACCAGGGAACAUCGCUUUCAUUGUGCAGCUCUUACACAACAUAUCAACAGUGUUGUUGACAGAUAUUGAUGAGGCAAAAAUGCAGAGUUACAGCACCAUGGCCAACCAUAUUCUCAAUAGCAAAAGCAUCUCAAACUGGACCUUCAUUCCUGAGAGGAACAGCAGCUGUGUCCUGCUCCAGUCAGUCAAUUCCUUUGCAAGAAAGCUGUUCCUAAAUAAAGAUGCCAUUGACAUAUCUGAUGUCUUCAUUCACACCAUGGGCACCAUCGUAUCUGGAAACAACACUGGAAAGAAUUUCACUUUUUCAAUGAGAGUUAAUGAUACCAACAAUGAGAUCACUGGGAGGGUACUGAUCAGCAGAGAUGAACUUCGGAAGAUGCCUUUCCCUUCGCAGGUUGUCAGCAUUGCAUUUCCAACCCUUGGGGCCAUCUUGGAAGCCAGUCUAUUGGAAAAUGUUACUGUGAAUGGACUUGUUCUAUCUGUCAUUUUACCCAAGGAACUUAAAAGAAUAUCACUGAUUUUUGAAAAGAUUAGCAAGUCAGAGGAAAAGAGGACACAAUGUGUUGGUUGGCACUCCCUGGAAAGCAGAUGGGACCAGCAGGCCUGUGAAAUAAUUCAAGAUAAUGCCCAUCAAGCUGUUUGCAGAUGUAGGCCAAGCAAGUUGUUUACCUCUUUCUCUAUUCUUAUGUCACCCCACAUCUUGGAGAACCCUAUCUUGACUUACAUCACAUAUAUAGGCCUGGGCAUUUCUAUUUGCAGCUUGAUUCUUUGCUUGUCCAUUGAAGCCUUGGUCUGGAGCCAAGUGACAAAGACAGAAAUCUCAUAUUUACGCCAUGUGUGCAUUGCCAACAUUGCAGCCACCUUACUAAUGGCUGAUGUAUGGUUCAUCGUGGCUUCCUUUCUUAGUGGCCCACUGACACACCACAAUGGGUGUGUAGCAGCAACGUUUUUUGUUCAUUUCUUUUACCUUUCUGUGUUUUUCUGGAUGCUUGCUAAGGCCCUGCUUAUCCUCUAUGGGAUCCUAAUUGUUUUCCAUACCCUGUCCAAGUCAGCCCUGGUGGCAUCUCUCUUUUCAGUGGGCUAUGGGUGCCCCUUGGUCAUUGCUAUUAUCACGGUUGCAGUCACUGAGCCAAGCAAAGGCUACCUACAACCUGAUGCCUGUUGGCUCAACUGGGACAUGACCAAGGCCCUGCUGGCCUUUGUGGUUCCAGCUCUGGCCAUUGUGGUAGUAAAUCUGAUCACAGUCACUUUGGUAAUUGUCAAGACACAGCGAGCUGUCAUUGGAAGUUCCAUGUUCCAGGAAGUGAGGGCCAUUGUGAGAAUCAGUAAGAACAUUGCCAUCCUCACCCCACUUCUGGGACUGACCUGGGGAUUUGGAAUAGCCACCGUCAUCAAUGAUAGCUCCCUGGCCUUCCACAUUAUCUUCUCCUUGCUUAACGCAUUCCAGGGCUUCUUCAUCCUGGUGUUUGGAACAAUCCUGGAUCCAAAGAUAAGAGAAGCCUUAAAGAGUCGAGUAACCUCUGCAAAGUGGAGCUCUAGAAUAUCGGAGAAUAUUUCUUCUGAAUUCUCUUGUCAUCCCACCAAAGGGCCAAGCUAACAAACUAGGAUGCAUCCCUAACUUGGGAGGUUGUACAUUCCAGGAAUGGCAGAGUCCAAAGGAGAAACGUGCGUGUUGCUGUCUUCUUGCCUCUGGAGAGAAUAAAGGAAACUUCACAGACCAUGGUGCUGAUGUAGGGGAGUGUGCAGUGUGGAAAGGACAAGGGACCCUUCUGUCUACACUGCUUUGUGCUGCUGACCAAUUCUUGCCCAUCGACUCUAAAUAUACACGACCUCCCUGGGCAUCCAUGAAGGAACACAAGAAACAAAGUGGCCACGGAAGGGCGACGCUCUUAUUGAGGCCUUUGUCUGUUUUCAGUUAGAUUACAUUAAGAAAGCUGUGGCUCAUCUUGGCAAAGGUAGCCUGGCAUGCCACCUGGCUGGAUUCUGCAAGUGACUUUGGGAGGUGCCCUCAGGAACAGGCAGCAACAGUAGGGCUGACUCUUAAGUAGGUCAUAGGGGUUCUUUUGGCAAGAGGAAUCCAACUUCCAAUAUAUUCCACUCCUCCAAAUUUAAAUUGAUUACCUGGUUAGUCUGGCUUAGAUGCAACUUCUUCAGUCACAAGCCUAGUGAAAGCACAGAGCUUUUGAACUGAAAAGGUACCCAUUUUAAGCCAAGCAGAUGGAAGCCUGGAGCUGUGAGUCACAGCUAAUUAAGGGUUCAACAAGAGGUAGCAACACAAGUCGGCUGGCUCCCAGCCCUAGACUUUUUCUUGACAACAUGUAGCCACUGAGAGGCAUUCUGUUUACACUGACAAUGUAGGAUUAGCCCUCACCUACAUUAUGGCUUUUGAGGCCCAGGAUGGGAAAGGGAAUAUAUCAUAUUUCAAGUACAGAGCCACUCAUUUUACAAACCUUGUAUGUAAACAAAUUUAACAUUCAAACCAGGUGUCACCUGAUAGGGCUCAGUACAAUAGGUAGAAGGCCUUCUAGAGAAAAAAAAAGAAAGAAGGAAAAAAAGCCCCUUUAUAAUGCAAGGACAUGGGCAGGCAGCUGCAGCAAAAGAAAACUGAGGGAUAAAGGCAAAGAGGCAAUAUACAUUCCCUAAUUAUCCUACCAAGAAGCCAGUAAUAAUGACAAUCUAUUGCAAAUGGGAAAGUGAGGCAGGCUCUGGAUGAGUGGGCUCCUUUCUCUCUCUCUCUCUCUCUCUCUCUCUCUCUCUCUCUCUCUUUCCCUUCCCCCAACUCCUUCAGAACACAUUUAUUGUCCUGCUUCUGCUUCUCCAAAGAAGUGACUUGGUCAGGCAGCCCUGGGAGAAAUUGAUGCUAACACUGUCUAAAACAGAUUUAUGUGUAGAACAUUUAAUACAUGGUGAUCCUUGGGAGAGUAAUUUAAAUUCUUUAGAUGUUGGUUUUCUCAGCUAUAAAUUAGGAAUAAUAGAUUUUACCUGAAGUGUUGUUGUAAAGAUUAAAUGACUAAAUGUAAGUAACGUAUUAGAAUAAUUCUUGCUAUAUAAUAAUAACACAUGAAAAUGUUAGAAAUUUUAUUUUAUUUUUUUAAUAUUAGAUUACCUACUUGUUCUACAUAGGGCAGUUUUGAGUUGGCAAAAACAUACUAAAGAGAUCAUUCAGAAGAAGGUAGAAAAAACGACCACCCUGGAGACAGUCAUCUUUCAAGUGGCAGUGCUCAUCGUGGGGCAACAAUAACAUCCUUCUCAAGUGAAGUCAGCAAGUGAUUUUGAUUUGCUAUUUACAAAUAUAUCCAUAGAAUUUCUCCAAGAGUAGUGACUUGGAUAGGCACAGGCUUUUCUCAGAGAUUCAGGCACAAAAGUGGUCACCUAUCCAGAGUCAAUGUAUUGAAGUGAGAAUAGAAUUUUAUGAAAUUAAAUAGUUAUAGGAUUGUGAACCUAGAAAACUUUAGAAAACAUUAAGUCCAGUUGUCUCAUUUUACUGAUGAGAACUCUGAGCACUACGGAGAGUGGGAGGGAUUGGCCUUUUUUGUUUAUGUUGUACACUGAGCAGUCCCUUCUGGUAUGAAAGCUCUCUAUUCUGGUGAACUCAUUCCCUGAACUAGGAUGGGGAACGAUUCUCUACCUUGGGCUCAUUAAUCAAGAAAGAUCUGUGAAUAUUAAUGGAGACUAUGGAGUUAUUUCAAAGUCCUAUGAAGAAGCUUUGUCUUCUUUCCUGCAGAUCAAAAUCCACUCUGGACCAUCUUGACAGAUAUAAAAGGAAUGUAUAAAUUAGCUUGACUAUGGAUGACCCUGGGUAAAGUCACAUUUGGUGUGCUGCUCACACUUCUCCUAGGAAGUAGCUUGGUCAGGUGGCACUGGGAGAAACUGGUGUUGUCUAUAGCAGAUUUAUGGGAAGAACAUUUAAUACAUGGUGAUCCUUGGGAAAGUCAUUUAAAUUUCUUAGACUUUGUUUUUCUCAUCUGUAAAUGGAGGAUAAUAGAUCCUAUCUCAAAGGAUUAUUGGAAAGAUUAAAUGGAUAAAUAAGUAAAAUAUUAGAAUAGUUCUUGGUAAAUAUUAAUUGGUCAUGAAAAUGUUAGUUUUUUUUUUUAUUAGAGUACCUGUGAAUACACACCCA